UAAAAUAAGAAUUAAAAAAAAAUAAAAAUAAGAAUAAUUGAAACAAUUUAUAUAAAAUAAAAUAAAAUACAGUACAAACAGUCGGACACACAGUGGCACAGUGUGAAGUAAUCUCUUCAGUAAUCAAAACUUUUUGAAUGUAACUGUAUUAUAAUUAUCAAUUAUUUAAAUUGUAACUGUAGUGGAAUACAGUUACUUAUAUUUUGUAUUUUAAAUAUGUAAUCCUGUUAUGUAUUCCAUUACUCCCCAAAUCCUAUAAUAAAUGACACAUUUAGCUUUGUCGUGGUAAUGUUAAUUUAACUAAUAAGAAAGCCUUUUAAAGAUAUAAUUACUCUUCAGUUUAUUGAUAUCUGAAAUCCAUUUCCAGAUAUCUGAAAUUAACAUAAUGAAAACCAAAUUACAGAUAUUGCAAUAUCAUAGCAUACAAAUUACAAUAUUGCAUAUUGCAAAAAGAAGUUGAAUUUUUUUUCUCUAUCGUUAUAAUUUAAUUGUUGAUAUCAGGAAUGGACAUUUGCACUAGAAACGAUGUAAUUAUUGAUAUGAAAAAUCUUCAUUUUCCUAGAAUGACUUACAUAACUGAUAUGUGCAUGCAUUUGGAAUUACAGAGAGUAAGAAAUUAAUUAUAGAGCACCAUUAAAAAUAAGUCAGAGGCUCUGUGAAAUAAUAGUGGCAGACAAAAAAAUAUGAAGGGGGCAUAGACAUGAGGCAAUGCCAGAUAACAAACUGUAUAAAAAAUGAGUGUUUUGACCAAGAGAGUCAUUUCAAUUUCAGCUGACGUCUCGGGUUUGUUGGUUUGCGCAAUAAACUCCUGGAACUCAUGACUUCGAGAGUUUUCUUAUACUGAAAGGGCAGAAAAGUUUUCCACGCCCCACAACAAUAUCAGCUUGUCUGUGAUUACCAAAUCCCAGCUGUGCUGAUGGAACAACAGCUUGAGUUAUAUUGUUUAAUUAGCACUGAUAUAUUAGUCUCUCAUACUGAAGCUACACCCAUCCUGAAGAACUUCAAGAGGGAUAAAGGAGCUGAAAUAUGUUUAACUUUUUAUACCCAAUGUGUUCCCUCCCUAUACUCCCAAUAUGAGUUAUCUUUUAUUCAUAAGAGAACAAAGGUUCCACAGAAGUCGGUUUGCGCAGUUUCCAUGGAUAACGUUUAUUAAAUAUUAACGCAUUCGGUGUCAAAUUGACACCCUAGACACAAGCUUUUAUCUGAAGAUCAAGAUAGACCUUCAGUGUGAUGGCAAUGCACACCACCUUGGGCAUCCAACAAAAAUUGUAUAAUGUAGAUUUUUAACAGCAGGAUGGAGAGGCGCACAUCGAGGGCUGAUGGAGACAGAGCAGAGAGAAGAGUGCGAUUCCGCGUUGCGUCAGCGCAUAGCGGUCGCGUCCUGAAGGAGGUGUUCAGAGAGGACGCGCUCGAGGACUCCGCUGAAACAGACACCUCUGUCAGCUCAGAGCCGGAGCGCGCCAGCUCGCCCGUCAUCAGUGAGGCCAACAGCCAUCUGUGUGGCCUUGUCGGACCAGAACCGGACGACAGCGGCAGCGAACCGGACGAGCUACUCAUGUACGCGAGUGCUGCGAAGAAUAAACAUUUCACUGGAAAACGCGUGAACAUCUUCAGUAAGAAUGGAACUAUAAGGGGCGUGCGAGACAAAGUGAGCGCCGGACAGGUGUUAUUUAACCACCUAUCCAAAAUGUAUGAGGACUCUCUUAUUUUGAACCGGCCAAAAAGACAAUAAGACUUUGCCUGAAACCAGCUUGGAUGUCCUGCAGUGGCGCAUGGGAUCACAAGGUGUAACCCUGGGAGGAUGUGUAGGAUUCAGUAGAAGCAAUGAAAAGGGGC